AAUCAAGAAUUGCUAUUGGCCCUCCCACUUUAUCAAAAAAGAAGAAGAAGAAAAAUAAUAAUUCAGCCCCACCACGUUAUACCAUCCACAUGCAUUUCAGUCAGUCAGUAAUCAGCGCUACUCCUGCCUACUAAAUACUCAUUAAUCUUAAAAAGCACAACCAAACUCUCUCUCUCUCUCUACCUCUUUUUUCUCCUUUUCUUUUGCCACCAUUCGCGGGAAGAAACUCCAAAUCGAAGAAAUCAGUGGGCUUCUGUCUUCCCCAGAUUGAUAAACACAGCUAAAUCACAAAAUGGAAAAAAGGCAACUAGAUUUCAAUGCACCACUUAUGUCUGCAAGGAGAUAUUCAUCACCUUCAAAAUCUACUGAGCUAGCAAAACGGAAGGCGGUGGAGAAGCCACCGCCCUCCCGACAGCAAUCUCUUCAACCUACGAAAUCCUACUGGGAAUGUGAGGAGGUGACAAUGACCAAACCAGCUUCUGUUCCAUUUCACUGGGAGCAGAUCCCUGGAAGGCCUAAAGGUGAAGUCGAGAGCCAUUCAAAUACCCCGGAGGAGUCAAACACACCGCGUCUUCCUCCAGCAAGGGUAUCAGACGCCAUGAGGCGCAGUUCAGGCGAAAUCCCAAAGCUUCCUCCUGGCCGCUUAUCUGGUCCCUCGAGAUACUGUUCUGGUGAAAGAACAAACGAUCAGAACAUUUACAGGUCCCACGUUGAAGCAUUUUCCUUCACUGAUCAUGCUAGUCUUUUGGAGAGGUUGAAUGAUAGUUUGAACUGUAAAGAUGAUUCGGAUUCAGAGAGUGGAGAUGACUCGUAUUCAGAUGCACUCGACACACUCUCACUGACAGAGUCAUGGUCCUUCAACUAUAGUGUGAGUGGGAUCAGUGGCUACCUAAGUUCCGGUGUGAAGCCGUCUGGAACCUUUUCUAUCGACACACAAACUCGAGAUUUCAUGAUGAAUAGGUUCCUGCCUGCAGCCAAGGCCGUUGUUCUGGAAACGCCUGAAUAUGCUGUGAAGAAGCCGUCUCCACUUGAGGAGAAGCCAGAGAAGAAGGCGGUUUCUAGGGAGAUGAAGCCUUCACUCAGACAAUACAGUUCGGAUGCAUUGCCGUAUUACACUCAGUAUAUCAAUAAUGUGGAAAGCGAAGAUGAAGAUCAGGAGUCCAUUGCUCCUCCUAGUAAAAAGUCAGGGAAAACUUGGGGCAUCCUCCCUCGUUUUUGUGUGAAGAAUUCGUUGUGCCUUCUGAAUCCUCUGCCUGCAUUGAAAUCGAAACCAAAGAGCCGGACUCCCUCCCCUUCAACGCUUGAAGUCAAAAGAUUUACUAGAAAUGCACAUAGUGGACCACUUGAUAAGAAUGCUUGCCAGGUGGUGCAGAAGAAGAAAUUCCAUUCUGGAUUGCUAUCUCGGGAUCUGCCAGGAAUCGACAAGUUCAGCAAUCAGUUUAUCAACUCAAGUGACUCACAUAGGUCAGCAGGAGUGUCUCCAUCAGGGCGCCAGCGAAGUGGAAACAUUUCUCCAUAUCGUAAUGAAUCUCCAAAGUCUCCAUUUCGCGAAGGAGUGGGGUUUCUUGGCGUCCCUAAAGAAGCCGAGGUUUUCAAUGCUAAGAUUGCUUCAUCGCGCAAGUUGUUCAAGGCCCUUCAAGAUGUGUCGAGGAAUCAGAUAAAUGCAGCUCCUGCAGCUGAUCCUGUGGAGAAAACAGUGUACGUAGAUUUCGUGAAGAAGAAAGAAAUUCCCAGCACGAAGCCAUCUCCCACAAAAGCUCACGUUCUUGAUGCCUCCAAGGCCAACAACGCAUUGAAGGAAGGCAAAAGACAGAGUCCUAAAUUAAUACCUUCUACAUAUUCACCUAAGCCCGUCUACGCUGCUAAUGCGAUGGAAGAUGCUAAACGGAUGCAUAGCCAUCAUCAAGAAUCGAGAAAUGAAGUCCCCUGUGAAGAGAAAUUUGUGAUGAAGGAAGAAGAGAAAGUAGAAGCAGACAAUGGAAGAAGAGAGAUGGAUCCUCCUGCAGUGAAAUCUCCUUUACCUCCACCAUUGCCAAAAUCUCCAUCCGAAUCUUGGCUUUGGCGUACUCUGCCUUCCAUUACUCUGGGAAAUCCAUUUGCAAAUUCGCGUCGCAGCAGCCCUCUUCACCCCAAGAAGCAGCAGGUACAGGGACAGAAAGCCUCAGCCAACAACACCAAAUGGGAGACUAUUGUAAAGACUUCUAACUCGCGGCACGAUCAUGUCCGCUACUCAGAGGAGCUCAUGCAUCGUGCUUCUUACCGGCCAAUGAAGUCGUAGGAAACCACAUGAAAACGAUGGUGAUCUAUUCUUUGGAAAGUGUCUUGUUCGCCUCCGCUCGCAGAUUUGCAAGACCUUCCAGCUAUACUAAUUUUACGGUUCCCAUUUUUUUGAGGAAAUAUACUAUACGAGUUGAUGAGAUUUUAGUCUCUUUUUCCCCCUCUUUUUUAUAUGGUGGUGAUGUUAGGAUCAAGUGUGGCAUUGGUGUUCCUAAUCAUCAUAUGCUCGACGUGUAUUGCUUGUUGAGCUU